AUGUCAAGGGACUCAUCAUUGCCUCCACUAAAAGUUCGCGUUAUCGAUGAACCACCAUUACUUGAGCAGCCUGAAAAGUUCGAUGAUCCAAACGAUUAUUCACCAGAUACACCGAUUGCCAUAGAUUUUGGUUCUCAUGAGGUUCGAGCCGGUUUCGUUAACCAAGCAGUCCCCAGUCAUGUCUUCACGAACAGAUUGACGAGGUUCAGAGAUCGGAAAUUGAGCAGAACGAUGACCUUUAUAGGAAAUGACGUUAAUUUAGACCAGGCAGUCCGGGCUCAAUCGAAGAGUCCAUUUGACGGCCCGAUGAUAACAAAUUGGGAUUACGUUGAGGAGAUAAUGGAGUACACUUUCCACCAUCUGGGUGUAAAUUCUAAUGGAGGGAUACCUAAUCCACUGUUAAUUACCGAGCGCUUAGCUACGCCGCUAUCUCAACGAUCAAAUUGGUACCAAGUAUUGUUUGAAUGCUUUGAUGCACCAGGUGUCGCAUUCGGGAUCGACGAUCUGUUUGCCUUUCACUACAACACCCACCGCGAUUGCACAGGCUUGGUAAUAGGAUGCGGCAAUGAAGACACAAACGUCAUCCCCGUGAUCAAUGGACAGGGUAUUUUAACUGAGGCUAAGAGGAUCAAUUGGGGCGGAAAUCAGGCAACAGAAUUUCUAACCAACUUACUCACAUUGAAAUAUCCUUAUUUUCCCACAAAGUUAUCCAGCUUCCAGUACAGGACGAUGUACGAGGAUUACUGCUAUGUUUCGCAUGACUAUGAAAGAGAGCUAGAAGGGUUUUUGGACAUUAAUACGCUGGAGUCCAGGAAUGUCGUGGUAGAGGUACCAUUUGUCGAGAUUAUACAACCACAGAAAACUGAAGAAGAGCUGCGUAUUCAGGCCGAAAAGAGAAAGGAAAGUGGCAAAAGACUGCAGGAACAAGCUAAACAAAAGAGGAUCGAACGUUUAAUACAGAAAGAGGAGGAGCUGGAAUAUUACACCCAAGUUAAGGAGCAGUUGAAGGAUCAGCCGAAGAAAAAGGUACUUCAAGUAUUACAGAAUUCUGGGUUUGAUGACGAGCGGGAUUUCAAGAAGUAUCUCUACAACCUUGAAAGGUCCUUGAAAAAAUCACACGCUGCUAAUGAAGAAGGCGAUGAUGUUGACGAUGAACAAGACAUGAGCCAGAAUAAAUUUGAGUUACUAGAGAUUCCUGACGAAAAUUUAUCUGAAGAUCAAGUAAAGGAAAAGCGGAAACAAAGAAUUCUCAAAGCCAGCCUUGAAGCUAGACGAAAAGCUAAGGAAGAGAAAGAAAAGGCGUUGCAAGAGGAGGAGGAGAGAAUGAUCAAAGAGAGACAAUGGCGGGAAACUGAUCUAGAAGGUUGGAUAAAAGACAAGCGCAAGCGACUAAACCACCUCAUAACCAAAAGAAAGGAAAACAUUAAAAUGCGAGACGAAAUGAAAGACCGAAAAUCGCAAAUGUCUCAAAAUAGGAUGAAGAAUUUGGCUACUUUGGCCGAGGAUUCUGGACGUGGGACAAAACGGACGAGGCAGCAAGCAACCAUCGACAAUGAUCCCAACGAUACGUUUGGAGCCAAUGAUGAGGAUUGGGGAGUCUACAAUGAUAUAACACAAAAUCCUGAAGCACUCGAGGAACUGAUAGAAGAAGAGUACAAAGAGAUAGUAGACCUAGAAGGACAACUUCUCGAGCAUGAUCCCCAUUUCACGGAAGAGGACACUAUGGACGCCCAGUACGAUUGGAGAAAUUCUCUCCUUCAUCUCUUUCUCAGAGGACCAAGACCGCAUGAUAGUGAAAACUCCCACGAGCAGCACCAGAUGCAUCUCAAUGUGGAACGUAUACGGGUUCCUGAAGUACUUUUCCAACCCUCAAUGGGAGGUGAAGACCAGGCUGGCAUCGCUGAGCUCUGUGAGAGAGCCUUGCUAGGAAAAUUUGAUGCAUCACCUCGUCAAUUAAGCCCAAUCACGUCUGAGAUGUCUAAAAACGUGUGGGUAACUGGUGGCAACGCCAAAGUGUCAGGUUUGAGGGAAAGAAUAGUCAAAGAAUUCACGGGAUUCUUACCUGUCGGUACCCCGUUCUCUAUAAACUUGUCCACCAAUCCUUCCUUGGACGCAUGGAAGGGCAUGGCAAAGUUCGCACAAAACGAGCAGGAAUUCAAGAAAGGCUUCAUCACGAAGAGGGAGUAUGAGGAGUAUGGACCUGAAUACAUAAAGGAACACAAACUGGGGAAUAUGAACUACUUUGAGUGA